AUGUCUACAAAGAUCUCUCAAAAUCGUUGUUUUAAGACUAAAGAACUUGCUGAAGGUGCUAUGAGAAGAGAAGCUAAACGUUUAUAUAGAGAUUCCGGUAUCAUUCAAGAAGCUGAUGAUAAAUACUUUGAUGAAUAUGAUGGAGAAAUUCAUUUUGGUGAAAAUCCUGAGGAAAUUGGUUAUAGAAGGGAAUUUGGUUACGCCCAAAUUACACCGGUUGAAUUGGAAAAUACAGAAAGUGGUGAUGAUGUACCAUCUUCAACAAGUGAGGAGGAUUCGAGUGAUGAUGAUGAUUAUUAUAAUUGUUAUUGA